UGGUCAUCUCUGGUUAGCACUUCAAGCUAUUUAAGUCUUACAGAGACGUACUCGCCUGACAUAACCUCUACCAUGUUCACAGUUGAAACGCAGAUUGUUCCAGUUGCAGUGUUAAUUUUGUGCAUUGGAACUUUGGCCUCUGUGGAACCAUCCAGUGACAGACCUCUGAACUCAACAGUACCCAAAUUUAACGUCACAACUUUACCUGCUCGGCUUACAGAAGAUGACAUAAAAAAUAUUUCAUUAAUAAGCCAAGCUCAAAAUAGUUCACAAUUAUUUGGAGAAACAGAUGCUGAACAUUUUGGAGAGCUUUCAGUGAUUGAUGUACUUUUUAGGAAAAGACGUAAAGAAGGCUGCGAUGAAGGCCAAGAGAAAGCAUACUUACUCAGAAGACUAUCCAAAGGCGGAAGAGUCACCAGUAAGUGUAGAGGAGGUAGAGCUUGUGUCAUAUGAGGAGAUCGGAAGUAGCGAGGCUGGAAGAGGACAUGAGGAGGAAGUACAAGGGGGAGAAGAGGAAGAGGGGGAACAAAGAUCUAAUCUCUCAACUAUUACUGACUAUUUGACUCCCCCUUCUGAAGGAGCCAACUGCACAAACUUUGCUAAAGAACAAAGUGAGAAUAACACAACAGAAGAAGCAGUUACAACAGAAUCAGCUUGAAUAUAUAUUUUCCCUGGGAUGGUACAAAAUAUUAAGAAAUCAAACAAAACAUUGAUGAACAUGGGAAUUAAAUGUAACACGACUGAUGAUUAUUGAUCAAUGUAACACUGAUAUGAUUAUUAAAACUUUUUAUAUUACUGUAAUGUUUCUUUUAAUAAAAUAAAAGAAUAUAUUUAGUUUCAAUGUUUACAUGUUAGGAAACAAAAAUCUUCCUUAUGAAAUAAGUAGGUUGACAAGUAAACAUUUUUAUGUAAAAUAAAAUAAGUUUUAAGUUUUAAAUAUACAUGCUUAACAUAUUGUACCGUUUUGUUACUAGAUUUUGUUACUAAACAAGCUGAACUUAUACAUUUGUUGAAUAAUUAUCUGCAUUAGAUAAUAUAAACUAUAUACUUAUAAUAUUAUUUUUAACUACAGUUUAUUCUCAUGUAUACAAAAUGUUUGUAUCAUUGUAAUAGUAUUUGAGAUCUAUAACAAGUACUCUGUGAUUUACUCUUCUUUUACUCACAGAUCUUUUAAUAGAGUUUGUUUUGAAUAAACGUUUGCACACUUG